CAAAUUAACUGUGCAAAGGUGAUUUCGUGAUGGUAUUUGCAUUUCAGGUUAAUAUGAUAUAAAUGGAAAAGUACGAAAACCUUGGUUUAGUUGGGGAAGGAAGUUAUGGCAUGGUUAUAAAGUGUAAAAAUAAAGAGACUGGACGAAUUGUAGCGAUAAAAAAGUUCAUUGAUAGUGAAGACGACAAGCAUGUUAAGAAAAUAGCACUUCGUGAAAUACGAAUGCUGAAACAGCUGCGCCACGACAAUUUGGUGAAUCUAUUGGAAGUCUUUAGGCGAAAGAAAAGACUAUAUCUUGUAUUCGAGUUUGUCGAUCACACUAUUCUGGAUGAUUUAGAGAAGUUUCCCAAUGGCAUUGAAGAGCUGCGCACAAAACGCAUACUUUUUCAAGUUAUUCGAGGCGUUGAAUUUUGUCAUUUGCAUAAUAUAGUUCAUCGUGAUAUCAAACCAGAAAAUAUACUCAUUAGCCGUAGUGGCGUGGUAAAAUUAUGUGACUUCGGAUUUGCACGUACACUAGCUGCCCCCGGUGAAGUCUAUACAGACUAUGUUGCCACUAGGUGGUAUAGAGCACCUGAACUUCUUGUUGGGGACACAAAAUAUGGAAGGCCAAUAGAUAUCUGGGCGGUCGGUUGUCUCGCUGCAGAAAUGCUGACAGGCGAUCCUUUAUUUCCUGGUGAUUCUGAUAUUGAUCAACUCCACAGGAUUGUUCGCUGUCUUGGUAAUCUGAGCGAAAAGUAUCAAAAUAUAUUUCAGCGUAAUCCUCUCUUUGUUGGAAUGAGAGUCCCACUGGCAAGGGAAAUUGACCCGUUGGAUAAAAGAUUAGCUAAGGUUUCCAAAUUAACUCUUGGAUUUAUAAAAAUUUGCCUUCGAAUUGACGCUAACGAUAGGCCUACAUCAUCUGCUCUCCUUCGAAAUGAAUAUUUUACUCGAGAUAACUUUUCAACAGUGUUUUUAGAAGAAUUGAAAAACUUGAUUAAAAAUGAAGCCGAACAAAAUACUUCUUCUACUUCUAAUUGUUCUUCUACUAAUGUUGCUUCUGAUAUUAACAAAAAUAUGACCAAUAUGAACAAUCCAAUAAGAAAUAAGAAUGAUUCUGUAAACAAUAAUCUCAGUACGAUCACUAACAAUAAUACUAAUAAUUCAGUAAACGCGGUGGGUACUACUUCUAAAUUGUAUAGUACAGAUACAUCCAGUACAAAGAAGACAAAUAUGGAGAAAUUAACAGAAGAUGUAACACUACUUCAACAGGCUCAUCAAGAGACCAGUGAAAUUAAUGAAAAAAAUAAAUCACUGAAAAGUUGUACUGACAACCCUUCUGGUAAUCCGAAUAGCCUUAGUAAAGCACAAACAGAGAACAGCGCACCUAAAUUUCUCAUGGUCGAACAUGCCAAACCAAAUCCCGACAUCAACUCCAAUUUAAUACAAGAAUAUUCAGUAGUUGACGAAAAUGUUGAUCCACAACAUUUAAUAGAUUCGAAGGAUUUAUAUCAUGGAACAAACAAAGUGUUGGAUAAGAAUGAUGAUCCAAAUUCCAAAGGAGGAGUACCAAUGUCAGAAAAAUCAAAUGAUCGAUCAAACGAGAUGCCUUCUAUACCACAGAUUACUGAGGUUAAUAAUGAACAGUCAGACUGCUCUUCAGGACUUACGAAAACAUGCACACGCAAACCGUUGGAUUCAAAGGGUGAAGAACCUCAUUCAAAGGAUACAACUUCAAAUAAACUUUUACCUUAUCUUACGUCUACUCAGGUCAGUAGUCAUCACAUUUUCCCGCAACAUUUGCGUGGAUUUUAUCAAAGUCCUCAAAAGACACUUGUUUCAGAUGAUGUAAAUGUACACAACUCUGAUAACCUUUCUUCAGGGAUGAAUGUGUCAUCAAUUUCACCAUUAAUGACGAAUAGUCAAACUAAUAGUAAACACGAUAUUCGCCCUGUUUUACAAUCUUCAAAUUUUCCUGCUUCCACAUCUAUCUCAUUCCAAUCAUGGAUGGCACAAACAAGCGCGUCCAAUGCAAGUAAUUCCUCUAAGGAUUCGAAAUCUCGACGAUACUAUCAACCACCUAAUCACAGAAGAUCUACAUUUUCUCUACAGUUCCCAAUGAAUAUUAGUCAUGCGACUUCUCAGCCUAUUUCGACUUCACUAAGCAAUCACUAUCAUCAUAGUCAUAAUCAUCAUUUCUCUGUUCUACAUCCAAUAGGUGUUAUGCCUUCACCAAACAUGUUUGACUUUAAUCAUGAACAAUCUCAUUUUGAACAGAAUGAUGCACGCAGCUUUAAUGGACAUUUAUACUUUUCCUCACGGUCACCAUUACAAAGCUUGUCUCAACAAAAUGUUUUUAAAAAGUCACUUAUGUCGACUAAUACAACCAGUACAAGUAAACAAGAGAAUACAUACUCGUUCACUGGUAAUCAACAUUCAAUAAGUCCUCAGAUUCUCCCAGUUGUCACGUGUUCCGCAUAUUCAGCAAACCAAUAUGGUACAAACACGAAGUCAAAUAUCAGCAAUACUACUUCCAAUCAUAAUCAAUUUCCCUUAUCCAGACUACGUAAUUCCGACAAAUUUUGGCUUGGCAGCUUACCCAGAAGAUGAGUCAUCAACAUAAGUUCCUUUGAAGACAUAAGGAAGUAGUUGAAUUUCGUCUACUUGAAAAUGAAAAUUUAGAAUAUUCCUUCAGUUAGUCGUCAAAAGUUCCAAAUAUUAUGAAAUUGUUGUCCCUGUUUCGAUGGCUUUUGGUUACCUGACUUCGAUAAGCAUAAGUACAAACAAUUUCUUGAUCCAAAAGACCCUUUUUUAAUAAUUAACUUAUUGUGUGUAAACAGAGUAAAUAAGUAAUUUCCUGACAAUUUUAGAUAUUUUUUCACGCUUGUUACAAACACAAUCUCUAAAUCAUUAUUGUUGUAAUAAUUUUCAUUAUCAAAAUAUAUCUAGCUCUUCCUACAAUAAAACAAAACAGCAUACAACUGACUACGUUCUCCAAUUCAUAAUUUCGAAAGUAUUUUGCAAUUUAUACAGUGGUUUACACACUGGGGGAAAUUAGUGGUAU